CGUAACAGCAGGAAUUAAGAGAUACAGUCAAAGUGGACAUGGACUUGGCACUUGAUCAACUUGUGGUGGAGGUUUUGUUUCUCUGGAGUGUCUUGUUUGUCGAUGAUUACCCAGUUAUGUUCUCCACUGUGCGUUUGUGGUAAACAUUGUUUGCUAUGGCUCUGCCUUCCAGUCAAAUGUAACUGUUUUACCCCUUGUAUCCAUUCUGACAACCUCAUGUUUUGAUAAAUGUUAUCUCGACCUGAUACAUAUCUAGAUGCAGCAGUUUGAAUAAUCUGAGUGAAAUAUGUUUGUUUUUUGAACCUAAAUGUCCAUUGGUUUUACAUUCAUUUCCCCCACUUUGAUUGUCGUUGGUAUUGUGUAGUGUUAUAGUAUGAACUCUUAGUGACGCUGUUGACCACAGUGUUGAUGACUUAGAACUGGGCUGCAGCAGCACCUCCCAUGUAACGUCGACAUCAUUCAGAGAGAACACGACGGGCAACAAACGGACAAUCGCUGUUGUGGAUAUAUACUGAAAGAGAGAUUUUCACCCGAAAUUAUUGCUUCCAGAUUGUUUAUAUUGUUGAUGAUUUAGAGUUUGUCAUUGGAGUCUAAGAGUGAUCUGUUUUGUGGAAUAUUAUCAGACUGUGCAGCGUCACAGAGGAAAAGGCGGAUUGAACAAUGAAUCGGCAAGUACUGUUUAUCUGUCUCCAUGUUCUCCACUCGGUGGUCGGUCAGAUCAGCUACACGAUUCCCGAGGAAAUGACAAAAGGAUCUCUGGUGGGAAAUAUAGCACAAGAUCUGGGUUUGGAGAUAAAGCGUUUGAUAUCGGGUAAAGCUAAAAUCUAUACGAGGAACACCGACGAGUACAUCGAGCUGAACAGAGAAAGAGGAGUCCUCCUCGUCAAAGAAAGAAUCGACAGGGAGGCGCUGUGUACAGAGACGACGCUUUGUGCUUUACAUUUUCAGAUACUUUUAGAGAAUCCGAUGGAAUUUUACAGUGUUACAGUCCAGAUCACAGAUGUCAAUGACAAUGCACCGACAUUUGAACAAAGAGAAAUUACCUUUAAAAUUAGCGAGUCAGCCAUUUCAGGAGCGAAAUUUCUACUGGAAAGGGCUGUGGAUCUUGAUGUAGGAAUUAAUGGAGUUCAUAAAUACGAAAUAAAACCAACAGAUAAUUUUGCUCUCAAAGUACACAAUAACGCUGAUGGAAACAAAAAUGUAGAGAUGGUGCUACAGAAACCUCUAGACAGAGAGGAGGAAGAGCAGAUAUCUCUCGUGUUAACAGCUGUAGAUGGAGGAGAACCGCAGAUGUCAGGAACAAUGCUGAUUGUUAUUACAGUAUUAGACAUAAAUGAUAAUGCCCCUGUUUUUACACAGUCUACAUACAAGGCUACAGUUACUGAGAAUUCACCUAAAGGGACAGUUGUGGCCACUGUUACUGCCACCGAUGCUGAUCAAGGCUCUAAUGCUAAAAUAACAUAUUCAAUUGCAAAUAGAUUGGAAAACAUAAGGAAAAUGUUUGAGGUAAAUCAGGAAAACGGGGAAAUUAUCUUAAUUGCAAAUAUUGACUUCGAGAAGUCAAGAAACUUCGAAAUAAAUGUAUUGGCUACUGACCACGGAGGACUUACAGAGACUUGCAAAUUAAUUGUCGAUGUACAAGAUGUAAAUGACAACAAGCCUGAAAUUAAUAUAAUGUCAAAGUCAAACGUUAUUUCAGAGGAUGCCAAAGUUAAUACGGUCGUUACAAUGAUCAACAUUGAGGACAGGGAUUCUGGAGAAAAUGGAAAAGUUCAAUGUUUUAUCGACGAAAACGUGCCAUUCAUUUUGCAAACAUCAACUAAUAAUUUCUAUAGUUUAGUCACAGACAGUGAAUUAGACAGAGAGAGAGCCUCAGAGUAUAAUAUAACAGUGACGUGUUCUGAUGAGGGAGUGCCCUCCCUCUCCAGCAGCGUCACUCUCACCUUACAGAUCUCUGAUGUGAAUGACAACGCGCCUGUCUUUGAGAGGAGCUUAUAUGAGGCCUACAUUGUAGAAAACAACACACCAGGUCUCUCUAUAUUCACAGUGAAAGCCAGAGACCCUGACUGGAACCAGAAUGCCCGUGUUUCUUACAUACUGGAGGACUCCUCUGUUAACGGAGUGCCAGUCUCCUCAUAUGUGUCAGUUAGUGCUGAUAGUGGAGUCAUACAUGCAGUGCGCUCUUUUGACUACGAGCAGAUCAAAGAUUUCCACUUCCUCGUCAAAGCCCAAGAUGGAGGUUCUCCUCCACUCAGCAGUAAUGUGACUGUGAAAGUACUGAUCCAGGACCAGAACGACAACCCCCCUCAGGUUCUGUACCCAGUCCAGACGGGUGGUUCUGUGGUGGGUGAGAUGGUGCCUCGUUCAGCAGAUGUGGGCUAUCUGGUCUCUAAAGUGGUGGCUGUUGAUGUGGACUCUGGACAGAAUGCCUGGCUCUCCUAUAAACUCCAGAAAGCCACAGACAGGGCGCUGUUUGAAGUGGGCUUACAGAAUGGAGAAAUAAGAACUAUCCGCCAAGUGACUGAUAAAGAUCCCGUCAAUCAAAAACUGACUGUUAUAGUGGAGGACAACGGACAGCCCUCUCGUUCAGCUACAGUCAUUGUUAACGUGGCGGUGGCGGACAGCUUCUCUGAAGUGAUGUCGGAGUUCACUGACUUUAAACAGGACAAGGAGUACAAUGACAACCUGACUUUUUACUUAGUGUUGGCUCUGGCUGUAGUUUCCUUCCUCUUCAUCACGUGUUUAGUGGUUAUUAUCUCAGUGAAAAUCUACAGAUGGAGACAGUCUCGUGUCCUGUAUCACUCCAAUCUCCCCGUGAUUCCAUAUUAUCCACCACGUUACUCAGACACUUUGGGUGGGACAGGGACUCUCCAACACGUGUACAAUUACGAGGUGUGCAGGACGACUGACUCCAGAAAGAGUGACUGUAAGUUCGGCAGAGCUGGUAGUCAGAACGUGCUGAUAAUGGACCCCAGUUCUACAGCGACGAUGCAGCGGAUGCAGAGUGAAAAGAACAUCUUGGAUGAACCAGACUCUCCUCUAGAGGUGAGGCCUUUUACAAUUCAAACGCUAUAAUGUUUCGUUUGGGGUAGAAAUAUAUCAAAGAAAAAUCACUCUGUGUUAAUCGUUGCAGCUGAACUUCUAAGAUUUAGUUAAUAGUUCAGCACCAAGGACAGCGCUACAAGAUCCCCUUCACAGGUUGACGCAGGAUUGUUGUCGACACCACUCUUUUUUCUCAUUGUCUUCUUCAUAGUGACUAACUCUUCAAUGCAAGCCGUUAAUUGGGAGUGCGCGUGCAUGUGUGUUUCUAUGGGUGUUACUUUGUUCUCCUUUGUCUGGAUUUUUUCAAUAUAUUUCCUUUAACGUGUCUUGGCAGCGGUGAUGCACUUACGCGUUUAAUUACAUACAGUGGCCUUCUUUAGACUCUCCCUUCCUCCUUUUAAGAUUUUAUGUGUUGUUACGUCUUGUGAUGUAAACAAUUUUCGGAAUAAGAACAUAUAUUUUAUGACUGUGAAAUGACAUCGAAAUGAGGUCUGAAUAUACAAUGACUUGUCCUUUUGAAGCAGCUGCAUGGUGUAAUUUCGUGUUGUGCACUCUUAGCGACGCUGUUGGCCAGUGUGUGAUAGCUUCAUUGCAGAUCUCAGCAGCACCUCCCAGAUCAUUUAGAUGAGUAGGAAGCGAGGUCAGUACAAUACACAAUCUGAGGUACCACGAACAGUGCACUCUCGACCAAGGUGGUGGACGUAUUUUUUUUUAUCGGCAUCCAUUGCCUCUGGUUUUUAUUUUAGCGUUGCCCUGUGUGGAAUAUUGUGUUUCUUUGGAUUGCUUUCUAAUUUUCUGUGAUGGUUGAAA